UGGUUUUCUUUUUGAGUAAUCCAGUUCAUGGGUUCUUGUUUCUUUGGAAGAUGGUUGCUUUCGGGUGGGGGAGAUUCUAUUGGGUUCCCCAAGAUAUGCUUCUUUUUCUUUUCUUGCCUCUUUUUCUUUUCCUGAAUAUUCGUGUACUGUAGUUUACCAACUAAAAGGUCGAGUUUGGGCAGUUUUAUCGCAUCUUUUGGUUUCUUUUUUACACUUUUAUUCUUCCUUUUAUGUGAGUGAGUGUGUGUAGAUCCAAAACUUGCUGCUGACCAUUUCGUUUUACUUCUAUACGUCUUGGUUCUGAUUCCAUUGUCACUUUCUUUUUUGUAGCCCUUUUUUAGGAAUGAUUAUCUAUUGAAAUGUUUGACGGCUUCAACAUCAAUUCUGUUUCUGUUUGCUUUUUCCUUUACCAUUUGCCACCUACACAAUCUUUUGCUUUAAUUUCAUUUAGUUUUUCAAGAUUUACUGUCUUUAUACCAAGCAUGAAGUAAGAUUCUUUCUUGCUUAGUUCCGGUUUGAAGUUUUCUCUGUUUCUCUGAUGUUACUGGUGGACUUGGAAGCUGCAGAACCUGAAGCUGAAAACAAUAAACAAACAAAUGAAUCGAAGUUUGUUCGUGUAGCAUUUGGGUUGCAAAAGAAUUGUGAGUUCGGAGAACAGUUUCUUAUAGUUGGAGAUGAUCCUUCGCUUGGUUCAUGGGACCCAUUAGAAGCAUUGCCGAUGACAUGGUCUGAAGGACAUAUAUGGACUGCUGAGGUGGAUAUGCCUGCUGGAAAGUUGAUCCAGUUCAAGUUCAUAUUGAAAGGAAAAGAAGGUGAUAUUAUUUGGCAGCCAGGAUCAGAUAGAGUCAUCCAGACUUGGGAAACUGUGAAUACAAUAACUGUUUGUGAAGAUUGGGAGUAUGCAGAACUUCAGACAAUAGCAGAGGCAGAUCAGCUUGCUGAACCAGAUAAGGAAACCCCGAAUGACUCUGAAGUGUCUGCUUCUGCUGAAAUUUUGGAUAACCCUCACAACGAACUGGAUUCCAAUGCAUCUGAAGUAACGACUGCUGAAGAUUCCAAAUUUUAUGAGAUACCACUUGCUGAAACAGUCACUGAUAAUAGUAGUUCUUCCUUGACGGAAAUUCGUCGUCGUGCUAUUGCAAGAAACAUAAUUCCCGAUGAGGAAUUCUUCAAGGAUACUAGCAGUAAAUGGAAUGAAAAGAUUGAACCGAGUGAAGAAUCAGCUGAUCUUGGAAACAAUGGAAGUAUUGCAUCACUGGAGGAUGAGGAAGGGACAGUUGUGGAAAGCAGCUUAUUAUUUGAAUUUGUAGGCGAUCCUGUUCUUGUACCUGGCUUAACAAUACCACCAACUGAGCCAAGUAACGAGGCAAGCCAAGGUGAAGAAGUUCAAGAAAAGACUAGCAAGGACAUUUCAGUUGAAGCUUCUGAAACUGAUCAGGAUCGGAAUCCACCCGAGUUCAGUAAGGAGCAAGAAACUAAUGAUGCACAGAACUAUGAAUCUGAAGAUGGCACUCCCUUGCAAAAUCACAUGAAAUGGGGCCAGGCAAGCGUUAAGAAGUUUCUUUCACAACUAGGAUUCCAUUGAGGGUCAAACUUUAUGGAAGAAACAUCAUUGAAAUUGAUCUUUUCUGAUCCAUUUGAACAAAUCUUACUGCAUGGGAAAGAUGGAAGGAGGUUCAAUGUUGGGUGUAUACAGCUGUCACUUAGAUUGUAUUAUCUUUCAAUUUUGGCUACUUCUGUGAUCUGUGUAGCUGGUAGGAGUUUCGUGGGCGAUAGAUAGCUCUGUGGUUAUGAAUGGCAUAGUGAUAGUAGUUGGUAUCAUGUAUCCUCUUAUAAUAAGUACUAUGAAACACUUCUAUGUUUUGCCUAAUUCAUUCUUAUGCUUUAAAA